CUUGUGAUACUUCCGCUUCGUAGUAAACACACGUGAAACAAUAACGAUAAGAGUACAUUAGUAAGUAAUAAGUUGAAUUAGAACACACAACAAUGCCCAGUAGUUGCUGCUGUGUACCUGGAUGUCAUGAAAGAGGCGGGCAUCAGUUCCCGACCGAAAAAUCAAGGAGAGACAAGUGGAUUAUAGCAAUUAAACGCUUGGACGAACAUACGAGAAAGUUAUGGGAGCCUUCCAAGUCUGUCGUUGUAUGCAAACGACAUUUUAAACCUGACGAUUACGUGACAGAAACAAUACAAGGACAGAAACCAUUACAUGGAAGACUAAAGAGCUCUUCAGUCUCUAGUAUUUUCUGCUGGACAAAGUCAUCGGCAGCAUCAACUUCAAGAUCUUCUCGAGUAGAAGGCCGGGUGCAGAAAAAGAGAAAAUUUGAGGAAGCUUGCCAUGAUGACCUUGAGGACAGCAUUAAUGAAUCAAAUGUAGACUUUGUUGAAGAGAUUGUGUCAGCUGAUGAGUCCACAAGCAAUGUUACUAACAUUACAUCAUAUAGUCCAGAAUUUAGAGAUAUGCAGACACAAACACAAUCACAACCAUUAUUUUCAGUAGAUCAUUUUGAAAAAGAUGAUGCUGCCAUUCACUUUUAUACAGGUCUAGAAACAUAUAAUUUUAAAGCUAAAUUUCUUAAGACUAGAGCAAUUUUAGAUGCAACUGAGUUUCCUAUUAAAAAACCAAGUUCACCAAGAGCACAACAAGCCACAUUUUCAACCUAUAAAAACAGAAACACGAUGAAAGCUUUGAUAGGUUGUACACCAGGGGGUCUCAUAAGUUUUAUUAGUCCAGCAUAUAGUGGUUCAACCAGUGACAGGCAAAUUGUAGAAAGAAGUAGUUUGAAAAAUCUGUGUGAUCAAGAAAUAGAAUGUCAGGUAAUACAGUUUUGCGUGACAGAAAAGUUUCGAGCAAAAGGGUUCAUAUUGAAAGGAUUAUUGGUUUAG